AUGUCGACUCGAGAUUUUACUCUCUAUACUGGUGUUUCGAACCGGAGUCGUGGCUGGAAGAGCAGGACCGUCUCAAAGAUUGACGAAACGCCGCCAAAUCCGUCGACCGCGGUCCUCCGAUGGGACGGCGCAUCACGAUCCCACGAGCGAUGGGACAGUCUCCGCAAGGACCCCGAGCUAUGGAUUCGUAACGGCAAUUGCCAUGUACACCUUUAUGAAAGGGGUCAAAGUCAGCGAGGUCCUGCCUUCAAACUUCCCUUCUCGUUACUACUUGAGGCCAGCUGCGAGCCUCUGAUUCGUAGCUGCAUUGGACAUGAUGAGCAUGCCCAGCUUGCCAGCAGCCUCUACAGUACUAAGCAAGCACGCGAUGAGGAGCGGGUCGAUCUUUUCAUCCCUGCACCACCGAAUUCGGACAAGAAUGCCGCCUUCAACUAUCACCUGGCAACUCGCAACUUCUUCGCCUAUCUCGUGCGGCGGUCUGUCGUGGGACCGAAUCUCGGGAGCGCCCUAAUCGACUUGCUACGUCGAAUGUGCAAGUUCAGGGACUCGGACGCCGAUAACCUCGAGGAUUUGAUGAGUUACAUGGACGAGGAAGGUUAUUUAGACUGCCAGAACCAGCCCUCGCAUGCGGUUGCGAUCCUGCGCUUCGCAGAAACAUUCCAACACCGUAGCCUUUUCGUCGACGCGAUGGCCCACUGCGCUGGCAUGAGUGAAAACCUGCACUUGAUCCCAGAAUACCAACUUCUUCCCUCGCGCAUCCGGAAGCUUAUCCAUAGAGCCCGCACCGAUAUGGACGCAAAGCUCGUUCGCGCUGGGGCUGCGGUAAGCAGCUUCCUUCAGGACGAGCUAUCCGAAGCGUACAUCGGGCUGCCAUCUGGCGCCAGAGCUCAUCUCGAGAGGUUUCGCACCUUGCUGCAUGGAUUCUUUGCUUCCAAGUUUGGGUACUUUCCCCCCACUAGCAGCGAGUCCCGCACGAAGGUAUUUCCUGCAGAUGUCUUGCACUCGAUGACCGUCGACUUCGAUGCUCUAUACAACUAUCUUGUCGACGAGUCCUUCGACAUGUCACGCAGCGGGUUCUUCACCGCGACGGGAGGUAUCUGCGCCCUACAGAGUGUCCUGUCCUUCGACUCCCAGAAUAGCUACCAGACACAGGCGAACCCUAUGCCGCUGCUGCCAAGUCUCGAGCAGAGCGCCGAUUCGCGGAGAACCUCUUGGUAUCACCGUCCAUUCAAGGUCAGCCCAUCGACAACCAAAGCGUCCACAUAUGUCGCGCUUCUGAACGCGACAAACCAUUUGAAGGCAAACGUUUUGAACAACAGCCUCGUCAGAGCAUAUCGUCGCUUCGAGGAAGACUCCAUCAUGUCCCCAUUGAAGGCUGAUGAGCAGGAAAACCUGAGCGCUAUUGAUGCUCGCAAGGUGCGCUGGAUUCUCAUCUAUGCCAUGAGUCAGACCCUACAUCAGUAUGGCCCGCCACAGGAUGUCAAAUGCGACGAGCCGCCCACGUACCAUAUUUGUAUCACGACUACCGAUCUGCUGCCAUGGGAGGACGAACGCGCUCAAACAGCCUCGAUGCAGAGUGGAUUCUCGCUUACCCCGAGCACACCAUCGCUCGUCGCAACCUCCGGCACAGAUUCUGGCUUCACGGUAUCACCGCUACCAGAGUCUCCUUACAGUGACCUUAAGCCAGACGUGGACUACUUUGCGAUUGCGCAUCGUGCUGGUGGUUCGACCAAGGGCGAUUUGGAAGCUGCGGAGGAUGGUUCGUCCAAAAUUGCACCUGCGCAAAGGAGGUCGUCACGCACUACCCAUAUCCGGCGGUCUUUGAUGAAGCUCACCACCAAAGGUUCCGAGAUUUCUCAAAGGCCUCGUACCAGACGACCCAGCUACCACGAGAUCGUCGUACAUGGUUACGGGAAUGGUACCAACGAAGUC